AUGGCGGCCAUUUCAGCGACGCGCACCCACACGACAGCAACAACGACGAGCACAACGACAAGCACACUAACGCCACCAAGCAGCAGUCAAGAGGACCGUCCUUGGGGAGAACACCCGAGCCCUCAGCGUACAGAGGUGCUUGUGCAAGACAAGAAACAGCCGUUGGUGGCUAAUGACACCGCAAACGGCGGCCAUGCCCUCCCAUCUCAUCAUGCACCAUCCGACGACCACACUACCCAUAUGACCAACGGCGAUUCCCAUCCUCGAAAACCCACGGCGAACGGUAGUGUGCACGCCGCAAAGACCAACCAUCGACCACAGGACCUCGGCAAUCGCACCUCUCCUCCGUAUGGCUCUGGAUCCGAGCCCGUGAAAAUGAACGGUACAGCCCACCACGAUCACCAUACCGAACACACCACUUCUCGCCGCAAUGUGAGCUCUUCAGCCCUCGACAAACGGAUCCCGGCGGAGGGGGAUGGAAGCGACGAAGACUCGAAAUGGAUUCAUCGGGACAAGCUGGCCCUGAUAGAGAGCCAGGAACUCCAAGCCGCCGGUAUUAUUCUCCCAAGACAGCGAAUGCCUAGCAGAGUGAGACGAGACCAUCGACCUCACGAGCCAGCCGCGGGUCCCGGCCGCGCCUCGGACGCAUCCCUGACAGACCGGCCUGUUGUAACUCGAUCUAGAGCGAACUCUUCGGCGGAUCAUCAUCCGAAGCCGGCAGACAUCGAAAUCCCCAGCUGGGACUUGAGAUUGCCCGAGGAGAUCGUUGCCGAAGCGAACAAGGGGUUCGCAACUCCGACCGGUCUGUCCAAGGGAGGCACACGCAUUCCGGUAGCGAGAGUGAGCCCGGCCCCAAUCCCUCUCGACUACCUCGAGCGUGAAUCGCCGAGCUCUCGAAAGCCUGCUGCGGAUGGUCCCGUGAAAGAUGGUGGUGAUAGCAUAUCCUACCCCAAGCCGCGAUCUAGGAGUGUCAGUGCUAGUGCUAGUGUGAAGCUCGCCGCCGACACGACCCCACCAUCGACGGCACAAGGAAAGCGAUCAGCAACGGACGGAUCACCAAAGAAGGCUGCCAAUCCUGGUGGAGCUACUCGUAGGCCGUCUGCGCGCGGGCCAUCUGCUAGCGGGAGGCCGAAAACCCGAUCCAGCUCCAACAAAGAUUCCACCAGCAGCGCCGGCACGCGGCCAUCCACGAGAUCGGGAGACCUUAGUGUGGCCUCAUCGAAGCAGCCUGAAGGGGACCCGCCAUGGUUGGUAUCCGCUUAUCAGCCCGACCCUCGGCUGCCACCUGACCAGCAGCUCCUCCCUACUGUAGCCCGACGACUGCAACAAGAGAAGUGGGAAAAGGAGGGCAAAUUCGGCAAUGUCUAUGACAAGGAGUUCAGGCCUCUCACCGAGGAUGGGUUCUUGCAACCACCGGAGAAGCGAGAACCGGACCCCAAGCCCGAAGCGCCGGAACCCGAACCCGAAUCCCAACGUUCCAACGAGUGGCCUUUGAGGGGCGAAGCUGGUCGCAGCCAGACGCCAAAGCUUAUCAGCUCCUAUUCCACAAUGCCCAAGAUUAUCGACGUGCCUCCCCAGCUCAGCCCCCUUCCGAGCCCCAGGACUCCUGGGAUGCCACCGCAACACCAGCCUCUCUCCCCUAAGGACAUCACCCAGGCUCCCGAACAGCAGAAACAACACCAGGAGAAGGAAAAGGAGAGCAAAGAGGGCUGCGGAUGCUGCGUCGUCAUGUAG